UCUCCAUCUAAAUUUACUCCGCAAAGGGAAUCGGAUCUUCUCAAAUCGUUCAUCCUACGCUAGGGUUUCUGUUCCAGUUGCCAGGGACAAAGGACGCAAAGGGAGCUUGCGGUCCGGGAGAGUCUUUUUGGGAUCGGAAUUGUUCUGGAAACCCACUGUGUUGAUUUGGUUAACUAUCUUUUCACGGUGAACCAAGCAUGGGUCGUCUUUGUGAUUUCUGCACAGAGCGAAGAUCUGUUGUCUACUGCAGGUCUGAUGCUGCAUCCUUAUGCUUGUCGUGUGAUCGUAAUGUGCAUUCUGCAAAUGCGCUUUCUCGGAGGCAUUCACGUACACUAUUAUGCGAUAGAUGCACCACCCAACCGGCUAUAGUAAGGUGCACAGAAGAAAAUGCUUCACUUUGCCAAAAUUGUGAUUGGAAUGAUCAUGGUAGAUCAGCUCUGACUUCAGAACACAAGAGGCAAACAAUCAACUGCUACUCAGGCUGCCCAUCAGCUGCAGAGUUUUCUAGAAUUUGGUCCUUCUUUGAGUUUCCUGAUAUGACAGAGCCUGAUUGUGAGCAGGGAUUGAUGACUAUUAAUGAGAACAGUGCUAUCAAUUGUUGGAGACCACCAGAGGACAGCAGCACUAUUAAUAUUGGCAGCACUCUAGAGACAAAUGAUAACAGGACCAAUCCCGAGUCAUCUGCAGUAAAUGCUUUUUCUUGUGUUGCUGAUCUACCAGCUGGUUCGAUGAAUUCUACAUCCAAGAUAAGUUGUCCCGGGACAGAAGAAAUUGCAUUAUGCAAAGAUGACUUCUAUGAAGAUCUCGCUGUGGGUGAUGUAGACAUGACAUUUGAGAAUUAUGAAGAAUUCUUUGGUGUAUCUCGUGACCAAACAGGGGAUCUUUUUGAUGAUGCUGGAAUUGAUAGUUAUUUUGAUAUGAAGGAAAACUCCACUUCCAAUUCCAUUUGCGAUGGCGAAUUUGCUGAAGAGGUUAAACAAAUGCAAGCAACAUGCAGGAAUGUAUUAUCUGCUGAUUCCGUGAUGUCAAAUCCAGGAGGACAUGAAGAUUCUAGCCUGGUUAUAACAGGGCACCAAGUUCAAUCCACUAUAACAUUUUCCUUUUCUGGUAUGACUGGUGAAAGCAGUGCUAGAGAGUAUCAGGAUUGUGGGAUGUCAGGAAUGCUUGUAAUAGGUGAGCCGCCUUGGUACCAUACUGGUCGAGAAAGCUCCUCAUUGCCUGCAUCCAGCAGGGAAAGUGCUCUCAUGCGUUACAAAGAAAAGAAGAAAGCACGCAAGUUUGAGAAAAAAAUCAGGUAUGCUUUGCGUAAGGCUAGGGCAGAUGGCAGAAGACGGGUGAAGGGGCGCUUUGUCAAAGCCGGUGAAGCUUACGACUACGAUCCACUCUCCCAAACAAUCUGUUGAGUACAUCAAUAUUUUGGUGACUAUGAUGUUAAUCUUUAUUUAUAUAUUUUGAGAAACCGAAAACUGACAUCGGUUGCCCAUCAUCCAUUAUGAAGGAUUUAAUGGAACAGAAGAUUAGCAAUCUGACAGCAACCGGAUAUGCUGGAUAUAGAGUUAGUGCUUUCUAAGCUACGUAGGUAAAUCUCCAGAUUACAAAUAUUGUAUUCAAGGAUGACCACAUUAAUCUUGCACAUGGUUGUCCUUCAAUAUUUCUCUGAACAGAGGCUGGUGCAUAUAUGUGCUAAAAUUUUGGAGAAGGAAAGCACUUGACCAGUCCAUUCAAGAGCUGGUAUCAGUUCAUUGGCAUUGGUGUGCCAUGAGCUCCCUGCAGUGCCUUGAUGCCAGAUUCGGUUUCACUUCAGAUGACUACCAUAAAAAGAUGUGUAGAUAACUAUACUGAUUGAGAACACCUUGUAUCUAUCUUUCUAUUCACUAGUGAAAGUAUACUAGUUGUAUAUGCAUCAAGAGGAUCGGAGAGAAACUUACUUUUUCACUUGUAAAUAUAUAUACCUUUUAAGCCAUGGCUUCAGGGCUAUGAAGCUUGCUUUCCUGCCCCAGAGACAUGCUUUGAAAAUACAGUGUCUUUACACCA